GCUGGAUAAACGUAGUGACGCCGUAGGUUGCAUAUUACCACAUUACAAAACGCGCGGCGAUUUCGCGAUUUUAUGUGGUUUAAGGGUUACUCACAGAAGGUCCUCAGUAUUUUGUUGAAAGCCUCGCUUUUCAAUUAAUUAUUCUGGAGCUGAUUACUAUCGUAAAUUGUUUGUUAUUUUUGCGCGCGACAACACACCCGACAUAUAUUUUCCUCGUAUUUCUACUCACCGCAAGAUGCUUAUAUCUCGCGCAAGACAUACGUUGUGUGCGCAAUAUUGUUUUUAGGGUGGGCAGAAUUUUGAACCACGCAGCUUGUCCAGCUUACGUUGAAUCGUGCGUUUCUCGUUCAAUGUUGUGCCUGUGUACAAGCGACGCGACAGGAUGCGCUAUCCGUCACGGACGGCUCGAGCGGAAGCCCUCAAAGCGGGUUGUGUUGUUGCGACGUUGGUUGUUGGCAUAUGUUAGCGAUAUGGGCACAGACCGCGACACAGAGUGCCCGCUAUCUUGCCUUGAAAUUUUACUGCUACUCCAAGACUGUUGUUUACGUAAGGCAAAAAAAAAGAAAAAAAAACAUACCCUAACCUGAGAGACGUGAGCGCCCUCUGAUGUAAACCAUGCGCGUACAUGUUCUUGACGCAUGCGUACUGGGGCACACAAAACAGAAAUCAACGUUGCCCGACGUUGCUGCUCUUCAGAAGAAAUCAUUUUGCAUAGUACGCUGUGCGCGAUUGGUCCUACGGCUGUCUAGCCACGUCACGUGACUUUCAGCCGUUUGCAUUGUCCAAUGGUACGAGACGCGACGAAACCCGUUCGUAUUCCGUCCUGCUGGGAGCGUUUUGUAGUAGAGGCAGGCCACGCAAAAUGGCUUCAAGCUGCGACAACGUCAUCGAAGAUCGUGUUAAACGCUGUGCCAACCGAGAAAACCCGACGUCCGAGCCAUCGUUGGAGAGGACUGGCAACGCCAACCCGAGCGGCGGCAGCCAUUUGAAAAAGCGAGAACAGCAUAGCUGCCUGAAUCUGCCUGGACUGCCCCCAAGCAAGGCGUACGGCGCCGACCUCGCCACGGACUCGUCGCUGUCUGAGAAUGACGACGAAACUGACAUUGUAGCACCUCACUCGUCUGAGUGCGACAUGGAAAGCGCACAAGGAAAAGAAACAGUUCCACAGACCAUGCCGUUAGCCGAUCUGCCUUCGGUGCUUCAAGCUGCAGAAGUGGCCACCCAUGUGUCUGCCGCCAUCCCAAAGACAUUGCAGUCUACAAAAAGCUGUGAGGUGCGGCUAAAUGGCACCACAACAGCACAGCCUGCUCUUCUGCCCAGCAAAGAUGCUGCGGCAAUGCCGAACUGUGUGACAUUGACAGUGCCAGAGCCGACCUCUGGGCCCCCAUUAGCCUCACCUGCAGUGGCACCCAUAGCACCAUUGCCCGCUUCUUUGCCCCAGCAAGCUGCUCCUCCCUCCACUUGUUCCUCUGCGCCUUGCUCGCAGACGUCGGAGCCAAUCUCCAUUGAGGUGCUCGCUAAGGCCAAGAAGGACGGCGAGAAGAAGAAGCAGUCGACAAAGUCAGCCUCUUUGAAGUCUAGCUCCAAGCCUCACUCGUCAAACAAUGGGGCUACCUCGAAGUCGGAAAAAAGCCGGACAAAGUCGGAGUCUUCCGAUCGCAAGGAGCGACGCAAGAAGCACAAAAACCACAAGGAUGGUGAGCUGCACCGUUCGAAGUUGUCCAGUAGCUCCAAAGAGGGAAGGAAACACACCGAACCUCCAGACAAGAGGCUCAAGAUUUCAAGCAAUGCGGUAGCCAAGUCCUCUGGCCACAGCAGCAAGAAGGACCAGCUCCCACACAAGACGAAGCCACCACCUCCCCCAGCUCCACCGCCAGCGGUAACACCUUCCAUCACCGCUGCAGUGGCACCGUGUCCCCAUUCACAUCAUCAACUCCCGUCUUCAACCCCAUCGUCUGCCUCAUCCAUGCUCACAUUCUCUCCGGUGAAGAGUACUGGCAGCGGGAGUGGAAGCAGUUGUAGUCGGUGCAGGCGCAAGUGUGCUUCGCUGCGUAAUGUGGGCAUCCAGUGCAAAAAGGAACGGCACAGCAGCGGCCACUCGACUUCUUCGUCGUGUGUGGCCCGCAACACCGUUGGCCCUCCGGCUGUGGUGGUCGGUGCAUGGUCCCUUGUCCCUCGGAUGCCGGCUUCCCUGGAGUUUGGACACAUGCGCCUGGGACGCUUUGUGCGCCGGGAAGUGCACCCCAACGGGGGAGGGGAAGUGCUGCACCUUUACUGGGAUGAGAUCUGCCAGCUUGAGCCAACUGACUUGAUGCGAUUGGCAGAGGAUUUCAUCAAGGAAACAUUCUACGAAGAUCCUCCAGGCGUGGCUCGCUAUGUCAUGGGCAUUGUGCACGGUGCAGCGCAAGAUAUGCCCGAUUUUGUUGACUACUUUGCCGAGCACCACCCCAACCAGGUGGUAAAGUGCGGUGUGCUGUGCCGCCAUUCAGACAUUGAGACCACUUCCAUGGUCAAGUUUCAGGAAAUGGUUGGGCGAACGUACAGUAGCGGCACGUACCGAGCUGGUCCCCUGCAUCAGUUGAGCCUGGUGGGCACUGUUCAUGAGGAAGUGGGCGGCUACUUCCCCGAGUUCCUGGCAAUACUCGAGAAGUGCCCUUUCCUGUACCUCACCAUGCCCUGGGGUCCCCUGUCACGUGAGAAGUUAGCAUCGCCGGAGGAGAGCAAUGACGGUCCCAUCCUGUGGGUGCGACCUGGUGAGCAGCUGGUCCCCACAGCUGACGUGAUACGAUCGCCAAACAAACGUAACAGCGUGUCAGGGGCAGGAGCAAGGCGCAGGGAUGAGCUGCGCAAGUUGCAGUACUUGCCUCGCGCCUCGGAGCCGCGUGAGAUGCUCUUUGAGGAUCGCACAAAGUGUCAUGCGGACCAUGUGGGACAGGGCUUUGAGAGACUCACCACUGCUGCUGUGGGUGUUCUCAAAGCCGUCCGUUGCAACACAGGGGGUGAAACCAACCGCAUCACCAAAGAUGUAGUUGCAUUCCAUGCUGGAGACUUCAACCAGCUGGUGGAAAAGCUCCAGUUAGACCUUCACGAGCCGCCCGUUUCACAGUGCGUACAAUGGGUUGAAGACGCCAAGUUGAACCAGCUACGCAGAGAAGGGAUCCGGUAUUCCCGCAUCUCAUUAUGCGACAAUGACAUCUACUUUCUGCCGCGCAACAUUGUGCACCAGUUCCGCACGGUGACAGCCGUGGCCAGCGUGGCCUGGCAUGUGCGUCUGUGCCAGUACUAUCCCGAGGAGAGCACGCCUCCACCCACUGCUGCUCAGAGUCCUGAAGCUGUGACCGUCAAGAAAGAGGUCAAAGCCGAGGACUCAAAGCCUCGCAAGCGGGAAGCCGACUCAAAGCCAUCCAAGGAACCAUCAGUCAAAAAGAUUAAGCUGGAGCCAGGAAAGGCGCUCUCGGGAGAAAGAAAACCAGAGGAACUUGCGGCACCGGUGCAUUCGUCGUCGUCAACGCAAAAGAAGCACAGUGGGGACAAGCACAAGGCACCCAAGGAGAAAAAGGAGAAGGCUAAGGAGCUUGAUUGCAAGUCCUCCUCCUCUGAAUCCAAAGCACAGCAUCUGCAGAAGGUCCAUUCAUCUGCAGUGCAUGGACCUAAGCAGCAGUCCGUGAAGACGGCUGCCACAAAAGAGCAGCAGGAGGUCAAAGUGGAAGCAACACCUGAGAAGCCAUUGGUUUUGUCAGCCAACCUUGAUGGUCGAAUAAAAGUAGAGCCUGCAGAGAAUGAUGCGUCCGUUGGUGCUGGUGAGAACAGUCAGGCACUGCCGCCGCCAUCGAUAUCAUGUGAGCCACCUGGUGCAUCAACCUCUGAGACACCGGCAACUUCAGUGCCCACAUAUGUGCGGGCAGCCGAAACAUUCAGCGCGAGUGCCUCCUCUUCAGGUACUCCCUUGGUGACAACUGCUAGCCUGUCGGCGCCCAAGACAAGUCCUGUUGUCGCAUCGUCCAAAACUGGCAAUUCUUCUGUUACAGUGGCUCUUCCUUCUGCUAAAAGUUCCCCUGCUGUACCUACUGUUGCUCCAUCUAUGAAAAAUGAUUCUACGGUACCUACAGACAUAAUGUUGAAUGACAAAACCAUUUGUGUUAUGCCCGUAGAAGUUGCACCCAAGGUUAAUUCAUCAUCAGCAGCAGCUGCUUUAAAGACCUCUUCUGUGGUGACUUCUGCCAUCAUUUCCAAAAGCAGUUCCACAACUACAAGUACAGUUUCUGCAAAAAACAAUUCCUUAACAGCAGCUGCUGCUCUGCCUCUGAAAAGCAAUUCUGUGGCAGGUGCUGCCUCUAUAAAAGGUUUGUCCACAGGAGGCAAUGUUGCCUCUUCCAAGAGCAGCUCUGCAGCAGCCACUGCUGUUUCUUCAAAGUCAAGCACCAUCACGGGCAGUCUAGUUUCGACUAAGAACAAUACUGUGUCAAAUCCAAGGUGCAGUUCUGUAAUGACCAUGGCACCUUCAAAAUUGGCAUCAGCAUCAAAGAUAAGUUCCACCAUCAGUGCUACGACUCCCACAGGUAACAGCUCACUGGCUGCUAACACCACAGCUUCAACGUCCAAAGCUGAUACGAUUGUCUCCGUGGUAGCAUCAUCUUCCCCCAGAGGCACCUGUAUAACCACUACAUCAACCUCACUCACACACAGAAAUAGUUCCUCAUCAUCCAUGACAUUGACUCCAAGAAGCAAUUUGUCAGCGGGAGCUUCUCUUCACAGCCCAAAAAGCAGCCAUGUCAGCGCAUCAGCCCUCCCAACUUCCAAAAGUAGUUCGUUCAACAUGGCAGCAGUAGUCUCAUCAGCCACGAAGGGCAACAGUCCAUCUGCUGCCUCUGUACAUUCAGCAUCGAAAAUCAGUUCCAGCCUGGCCACUGUUGCACAGCAUGUGAUGCCUAAAAUUGGCUCCCUUACAUCUCCGUCUUUCUCCAGGUUUGGUUCCACAGUUUCUACGGUCAUUCAUUCAGCCCCAAAAAGCAGUUCAAUGGUUACAUCAUCUGCCAUCUCGCCUCUAGAACUUCUGCUUCCUAUCACAACAGCCACUACAACACCCAAGACAUCGUCACCUGCAGUCUCUUCAAUACCAGCCAGUAAAGCCAUCUCCACGUCUCUUGCCACACGGCCUGUGUCAAGCUUGCUCACGUCAUCCAGUGCACACAGACCCAUGGUAGUAACGUCAGCUCCCCUGCCUCCUUCUCGACCAUCAUCCUCUUGCAUGUCGAGAUCUGCACUGUCAUGCCAUCGUUCCGCCACACCACCUCUUCCCAGGCCCAUGCAACCAACCUCGCUCCCAUCUUCUAUUGCGCGGACCACAAUGGCACCACAUAUGCCAAUGGCCCAUUUGAGAACAGCUCCCCCUUCGUUGUCACUGUCACCAUCAGCUGCCCCCAUCGGCCGCUACGAAGAUUUCUCUAGGCAUUUGGGGCCUACAUCGAGCCCCAUGUUCAGAGACAUGCCCAAGCCGCCAGCAUCUUUGCUGAGCCCAUCACUGCCGCCCAUCGCGGCUCCAGUCAUGGUACCAUCAACCAUGGCCCCAGUCACCCCCCAGUUGUUAGCUCCUGCGGUUGUGCCGCAUCCUACAAUUGUGGGACCCUUCAGAGAAGUCCCCGCCGCCUACCUGCCGUCCAUGGCCCACCCGCCGCCACACUAUGAUGCAGCCACCUUGAACUACCUGGCCAUGCCCAGUGGUGCCCCUGUUGCAUUCUCCGUGGCGCCUACCUACCCAGUUCCGCCGCAGAUUGGCGUGCCAACCUACUGCCAACAGGUUGUGCAUCCGCCUCCGGUCCCUGCAGCGGCAACUGAGCCAGAGCAGGCGACGUUCGACGAAUACGACGACCCGGGUACACCACUCAUGGACGAAGAGCCCCUGCACGAAUCACCGACGCCUCCCCCGUACGAUUGCCACCAACCUUUGAGGGCUGAGGACAGUUCCAAGGUUGUCAGGACAUUGGACCUUCGGUGAGACAUUUCCUGGUGAUGGUGUGCUCUUGCAGUUUGGUGGUCUCAGGUUGUCGUGUUGGGCACCAGCUCGCACUGCGGGCCAUGCUGAACCGUGUCCAUUGCAGUUUGGCUAAGCUUGGCUGUUGCCCCAGCUCUGGCAACAAAAGAACAGAAUAUAAAUGUUCCCCUUGUGGUGGAAGCUAUGUGGUGCGGCUCUUCUUUGGAAGCAGUGAGUGAGCUAAGCACAUGCAUUGUCAUCCGGUAUCACUGGACUCAUUAGAAACGCUGCGGUGAGGAGCACCUCUGCUCCAAAUGUGCAUUGACCUACCCCAUGGAGGCUUCGUGCAUCGUCGUCAUCCCGCUCGCGACAUCCAGGUGUGACUGAAAACAACUGUGAAGCAUGUGGCAAGGUGUUCAUGAACUGCUGUUGUGGACGCUUGGAUGACAUCCUGAUUGUCAGUUGCGUGUAAAACACCUUUGCUGCUAAUGUAGAAUUGAAGGCUCUCUUCUGUUUGUGUUGUGUCCUUGUGUAAGGGUUUAUUUUUUUCUUGUGUGUCAUAGUAAGCCAGGCUUCAAGAUCAAGCUACCCUUUAUUGCCUUGUGCUUGAAUCAUGUCACAAAACUGCUGGUAGCACAAAUCUCUGUACGCCUUUUUCCCCACUUUUCUGGUCAUAUUUGUUUGUGGGUCAGUAUAUAUGUUCUUGUGCUUAUUUGAAGCUUUCUUUUUUUGUGUUGCGGCAGUGCUUAAGUUUGACGUGUCUUCAGGCAGGUGGUAAAUGCUGGUGAGCAUUCUUCUUUAUUUCACCACUUGACAUGUUUUGAAAAGGGUGGGCACAUGCUGUGUGAGUGAACCACUGUUAACACGAAUGAAAAUCAUUUAUCUCCCAUUUUAAUUUAUUUUAUGCAUACAUUCAGUGGUCAGGAAGUUUACUCUGGCAUACCUCUGAGCUUGAGCUCAACUGCGUAGGCAUGUUCUUUUUCCCCCCCAUAUUGUUAUUAUUUAAGUAUAAGCAAACAAGACAGCAUCUCGAGAAGUGCAUGGACUGACCACACUUUGCGUUAAUUAAGAAAGCUUAUUUAUUAUUAUUGUGUAUGUACUUUUUUUUACAGUUCAGAACUAGGGGCAUGCCACAAAUAAUUCCUGUGUUUGCAAAGUUUCAUAGCAUUAUAGUUCGUGAACAGAAUGCCACAUGUCUACCUGCAUGGACUGUGAAAUUCACUGCUGUUUAACAUGAAAGGCUAUUGCGCUUCACGUUGCAUCGAAACAGGCCAUAGUCUGUACUUACUACUACAGCGGCAUUUUCAAGCUUGUGCUUCAGUCUCUGUUUGGAUUGUGCACGAAUCUGCACGCCACUUCACCCACUCCUUGUGCUUCCAGCAAGUACACAGACAUGAGACUGAGUUGUUGCUACUGCUGCUGCUGCUUGCUCUUAUAAUUUGCCUUUUCUUUUUUUCGGGGCAGAACACCUGAGUGAAGUUAUUUGCAUGAGACAUGCAUGCUUCUUCAUAGAGAGAACAUACCUCAUAAUGAGUGGUGCAUGUGCUUGAACUGGUCGGAAGCAAAUGCGCAUGGCUGAAGCACUGUGGUAUGCUGCCGUGCUGUUUUUUUGGUGAUUGACUGCACUAACGUUUGCUACAUGCCCCCCCGAAUGCCCCCCCCUCCCCCCCUUGAGUGCAAAAGUAAAACAGUACCGUUGUGAUGAAAUCGCACAGCAUUGUUUUCCACCGACAUGGGAACUCAGACUCGCGAGAAAGACUGAUUAGUGUAGUCUAAUCUGGCUUUGUUUUUUAAGCUUUUUCAUGUUUUUGCCUGAAGCUGUUGUCAUUUAUGCCUCAUUUGAUUUGCUGGUAAUUGGAAUUCUGCCAUGAAAGAGCUAAUGACCUCUCUUUCUUUCUUCCUUUUUUUUAUGUGAAUCUGUUAAAUACAUGUUACAUGUUGCAAGCCGGAUUUAGUCUUGUUUGCCGUGGUAUACAAAUGUGCUGGCUUGAGAUUUUUUAAUGCUGGUGUUGUAUAUGACAUUACAGCGUCAAUGCUUCUUUUUUCCGUGAGUUUGUGUAUGCAUGUGUGGGCUCUUGGACUCUGUAGCAUAUAAGGACUUGCCACUUUAAUCCCUUUCAUGCCACGCUUUUAAUCUAAAUUGUUCCCGAAAACAGCCAUUUUUCUUACUGUGAAAUCCUUUACGAAAAGCCAAUGUAAACAAUACUUAAAGCGCUUCUGUGUUCAAAAUCUCAACCAUUUAUUGGAAAAUUGAAGCUUAACAGCGUAACACCACUAUACAAGAAAAUCAGAGUAAGUGGGAAGUAUGUUUUGCAAUAAAAAUGAAAAUUGCAAGAAAAUAGAAAUAUAGUCAGUGAGCCGCGCCAUAGCCUCCUAAAUAACUUCUAUUCCUGCGGGAUGACCACAAAUGGGCCAUCGUCUAUGGAAGCGCCAUUUACGUAGGGUGAGAGUCCGCAUUUUGAGGGUAGCGACAACCCACACUACAGCGUUGCCGUAGAGCAGUGGCAGCAGACGACCAAAGUUGUUUGCAUUCUUCACACAAUAAUGGUUUUGAGUGGCGGCUGCGGGCGGUUCAAAUCAUUAAGUUUCUCGCUAUGUUACCUAGAGGGAAACCUGGCGUUGCUGCGCUAUGGUAUGCCUGGGAAUGCCGGUAUAUUGCGACUCCGGACUGGCAUCGUUCUCAAAGAGCCAGGACACCUGAAGACGUGACUGUCAAGCACUGUUCAGUCUGUCGCAAUGACUCAUUUUCUACUGAAACAGCACGUAAAAAGCUGUUUUAGCCCUUAAUGUUACACAAAAACAACUUGUUUAGUUAUGCAAACUUAUUGCAUGUACAAUUAUAUGAAACGUAGAAGUUAUCAACGGGCCGCUAAAGUUGGAGGAUAGACAAGAUUCACGCUCACUUUGGAAGAGUUUGUCGUCUGUUCUUGCGUUUCUUCGCUUGGUUGUGUGUUGUAGGUGAGUAAACUUCACUGGAAGGUGUAAUAUGCGGGGAUGAGAACGUUUCAUGAAGAUUUUACUUUAAGGACGCAUUAUUUGUAUAGCCAUAUCCACGUUUAGACGAAGCCUCUUACAACACCAACCAACACAAGCCUCGCAGACACAUAUACCGUCAUUCCCAUGACGGCACAGCGCCCCUUAGGAAACUCCCAUAGAUGGUGGUGCCAGAUUUCCCUCUAGGUGUUAUAGUGAGAAACUCUAUGGUUCAAAUAGUCGCCCGAGUGGAGUGGCCUAGCUGGAGACACCAAUGUAAGGGGUGCCCCCCAGCAGAAGUUCCAACAGCGACUGCUUUUUAUUGCUUCGCUAAUAAUUCCGCAAGCAGAAGUAUGCCGCUGCUCUUUUAUUGAUGGACAUGCUUUCUUUUGUCAGCAGCGAGCACCAAAAACGUAAAAGUGUGCUUGAGACCAGCCCACGUAAUUGACACCACUGCCAUAGCUACAAUGAUGGCCGCUUCCCAUUGGUUCGUCGAUCAUCUGGCAGGCACAGAAGUUGUCUAGGAGACUAUGGCUGCGCUCGGCUUUGGCCGUUUUUACUAGAUCUGGGCAGACGAACUCGGCUUGUCCAUGGCACGUAAGGGGUUAAUGGCAGUGGGCAUGUUCUGUUACAAGAAGUGGUAUGCAUGAAAGAAGUCUAUAAGUGAUGUUACAAUAUCAUUGUUACUUUAAUUCUUAUUUAUUUAUGCUUUUUUUCUCUCUUACUGUUGGUUACUGCAAGGCAUACCAUCUUCAAGAAUGUGGAAGCUUUUAGUUGCAACAAAUGGUACACUUGAGAAAAAGCUGUGCACACUCAUCUCUUAGUGCAAGAGGCACACCGCUGUAGAGUUUUUACCUUAAGAGUGCGCUGGCACUUUUUUUUUAGCUUUUGUUUACACAUAAGAGUUCUAUGAAUUUUGCACACAUGGUUCUGCUUUUUUACAUUUUUGUGUAAGCAUACCAUUCCAUGACAAAAAGAAAAAAAAACAGACUGAUUCACAAAAGUUGUAUAUACAUAUUUGGCAAACAUUUUCAGAGCUUGCCAAAGACACAAAUUUCUGUAUGGAAGAGGGGGUUUCAGUAGAAAUACUGCUGACAUGUAAUAGGGCCUGAUGAUUCACCUCUGCAUCAUUUGUGCAUUGCUAAUGUGUUGAGUUGCUUGCGCUGUUUGAAUUAUUGUCUCGUCUUUAUUUGUGGUUGUGGACCAUUGAGCUGAGGUGGGGUGAUGUGAACCUCCAUAAUGGAGAGCGAGGAGGCAGCAGCGACUAAUUUUCUUCUGUAUAUAGGCUGAAGGCACGGGGUGGCCUGUACUCGACUAUUCUAUAAUGCCACUUGGAAGCAUUGGACAAUUGCUUCUUUGGAGACACUUGGCUUUGGAAGUUUUGUCUUGUCAGGGGGGCCUUGGAAAGAUUGUGUGGAAUGAACAAAAUAGCUUGCAAUGCUGGAGGGUUAGCAAUUGCGGCAAUUGGAAUUGCUCUGGCUUGGAUUCAUUCUGCACUUUUGUGUGCAGUUAGCAUCGUUGCACUCAAACCAGUGUCUUUGCCGAGUCCUAAUGAAUGAAUUGGCAUCGCUUGUGGAGCUACGAAACAUGCUAACAUUGUAAGAGACCCUACCCCACCAUUUUCUUUCUUUUAAAAAGUGGGCAAAAUAUUUUUUCAGUUUCAUAUCCCAGUGUGGCUCAGCAUUUUUUCUUGAGGAUAAAAAGGUUAGAGACGGUAAGUUGUGCCCGUGCAGUUUCAGCAGGUUUAGUAAUGCAAGCAUUCAUGCUGUCCUCAGCUGCACAUGCAUAGUUGUUGGCAAGGCUUUUGCAAUAGUUGAGGACUAGCCAGUCCAUGUCCCGGCUUGGUAGCUGAAGGACCUUAAUUUCAUUGCAAGCUUUCAAAUUAUGUAAACAUCCCAUGACUUUUGCUGCCAUGUAAAUAAAGAAACACAUUCAGCAUAACCUUUACAUUGUAGAACAACACUGCUAAAUGCUGGGGCAUAUUCAUUUAACAUGAAGAAUUAUACUGUGUAGCAUAUUACAAGGCACCUUUUUGUAUGUAGUAAGUUGACGAUGCACCAUCCUGCUGUUUCAUAAAAUGGCACCGAUCCUAUUGUCAGGAAUAAUAGAAGAAUGAGGUGGUAGCGGGUGUCAUGCUUAAUUGUGUGGUUGCUUGCUUAUAGAUUAAAAACUCUUAGCUGUUGAAGCUGGCUCUUAUUGAGAUUUAAUUGUGCUUCUUCACUACUCUCAUGAGUGAGAGUAUCUCACACUUGCGCUAGAGUUCCAGACAAUUAAAAGGCUCGGUUGCCUUAUGUCCAAAAGCCAGUCCAGGCCACCCUGCGUGCUACUGUAUUGCUGUACAUAGUUGUAGAAUAUCACACGAUGCAUGCGCUAAUGUAAUGGUCUCCCUCAUGCUUUUCAGUGGACGUGCAUUAGAUUGCCGUAGGUGGCCCUCCUCGUUUUUCUCUGUUCACCCCUUAGUGAGGCACUUGCUGUCCAAACACACAAAAGCAUACGUCUAAGUUAUAUCUCCUCGCAUCAUCUUGUUGGCGAUGGUUCUUUGUGUUUGUUCCCUGUAUCAUACGGAUGCACUGUAGAUACACCCUUUUUUCACUGCAACCACACACACACACACUUCGGGGGACAGGCUGGUGACCAAUAAAACACUGCUUCUUUACCA